AUGGAGCAAGUGGUUCAAUUCAUUCUGGUCUUACUCAAAACUCUUUACUUCUGUAUCGAGGCGAGUAUCAAGGCCUUGUUGCCAAUUGGAAUUCUUCCUCGUAAGGAUGUUAGAGGUCAAACUGUUCUCAUCACUGGCUCUGGCAGUGGUAUUGGCAGAUUGAUGGCUGUUGAGUUUGCAAAACUCGGUUGUGUUCUUGUGCUGUGGGAUAUCAAUGAGAAAGGCAACAAGGAAACAAAGGAUCUGAUCGACAGUACUGGAGUCAAGGUGUGUCCUUUAACAUUUUUAAACAAAUUAAUUUCAUUCAAAUGCCCUAACACAACGUGA